CGUGUCGUCCAGCCAAGAAGUAACAGCAACAGUAAAAGUUUAUUUAGGUAUUUAAUUAGUGUACACAGCACACAGUAUUUAGUACUCAGCAGAAUAUUACCUGAAUAUGAAAACAAGCGCAGAAAAGUUGAAUAUACAUUUUGUGAAAAUGGUAGAGACAAAUCCUUGUAUUUGGGAUACGAGUUCAAAAGAUUAUAGAAACAAAAAACUGUUAAAAAGUGCCUGGCAUAAAAUAUCGAAGGAAAUUAAUGAACCCGUCGAUAGCUGCCCUGAACGCUGGCGAAAAAUUCGAGAUGCACUGUUUAGAAGUAUUAAGAGGCAUUCAAUGAAAAAGGGCAACCGAAGAACCAAGCCGUAUUAUCUUACACCACAUCUCCAUUUUCUUCUGCCAUUUCCUACCAUUUCUAAAAAGUACAAUCACAAUCAAAGUACAAUCGAGCUUCGUGAUGAAUCUGAGGAUUCCAAACCAGGUCCAUUCCUUGAUGAAAUUCAAAUCAAUGAUGCAACUGAAUCUUUUCCAAAUGAUAACGAACUGGAAUCUAUAUCAUCAACAAUUCCACCGAUAAGAGAUAAAUCUCCAAUUAAAAACGACAUUGAAGAAUGUGGUAAUAAUGAUCAGUUCUUUGAAAUGAUUGAUGAAGCAGAGCCUUUUAUGAGUAAACCACGGAGCCGUAAGCAGAACGAAGAAGAAGAAAAUCAAGACGAUUCUGAUAUGAAUUUUUUCAAAAGUCUAUUACGUGAUGUACGAAAAAUGGAUGAUCGACAAAAUCGAAAAUUUCGAUUGAGAGUUCUUCAAGUAAUUGAAGAAAUAUUUGAUCAAAAUAUUGGAGAAGAAAGUUUUGACCAUCAAAGAAAAAAACGAAAAUAAAUUUUAAACAGACGUAUGUUCAUAAA